GGAGGUCAUAUGACCAAAUUGAAGUCGUGUGACGUGAGUAGUGUUUGUGUUGUCAGAGGAAUCGAACCUGUACAGAAUGUGCACAGUGGCUCGCUCGUGUUCGUUGUUCCACACGUGACCCACACGCCAUGCACGUGCCACGCUCUGAUCACACACCCACCCGCAGCUGAGCCCCCCCCUCAAUUCACCUUAAAGCUCCAGCGCCCCCCCCCCUCACCACCAUCAUGGAUCCAGACCUGCAGCCCAGCCCUCCUCUCUCCCAGCCCGGUGCAGAGUACUUCCAAUGGGACCACCGCCUCCAGCUCAUCGGCCUGGGAUUCAGCUUCUUUUCAGCAGUCUUCCUCCUCUCUCACCUCCUGUCCACGGCUCUGUCUCGCACCUACAAUGCCCUCCUCACCAAGGAGAAGGUUUUCUGGAACCUUGCAGCCACCCGGGCGGUGUUCGGCAUCCAGAGCACCGUGGCCGGUCUGCGGGCCUUGACUGAGGACUCCAUGUUGACCAGAGACAAAGUGAGAGGUCAAGAGGACUGGUCUUGGUUUAACGUCCUCACAGCCACGGGGUUCUUCAUGUUUGAGAAUGCUGCACUACACACCUCCAGUGUGGUCUUCAGGUCAUUUGACCUCCCUCUGGCGACGCACCAUUUCUUCGCCCUGUCAGGGUAUGCAGGGUUGGUGGUGUGGGAUUCCCAUGGCCACUUCCUGCCGAUGGUUACGCUGCUGCUGGAGAUAAGCACACCAUUCACCUGCAUAUCCUGGAUGUUACUGAAGGCCGGCUGGGCACGCACCCUGAUCUGGAGAGCAAACCAGUGGGUGAUGAUCCACAUGUUCCACUGUCGCAUGGUGCUCACCUACUACCUCUGGUGGGUAACCUUUACCCACUGGAGGGAGAUGAACACCCACAUGGCCCUGCCCCCGCGCCUGCUUUUCUACAUUGGCCUCGCUCUGCUCACGCUCAUCAUCAACCCCAUCUGGACACACAAGAAGACCAUGCAGCUGCUCAACCCUGUGGACUGGAACUUUGGCAACGAGCCGGCUACCUUAAACGGUGCCGCGGACAGCCAGCCUGGGGUUUCCGUCAAACCUCAUGCCAGCUGAGGGCAACCGAGGAGGUCAUUUUGUAUCUAACUGAUGCCAAAUUUGCUUUUACUUAUUAUUUUUUAAUUAUGGAUGUUUGAAGUUACUUUUAACAUUAGGAUAGUAUUAAGGAUAUUUUUUCUUUUGUUGUAGGACUUUUUUUUUCACAUUGAGACCUUUUUAAAGCAACACAAUGUAGUUAAUAAAACGGCUUUAACAUCAUUUACGAUCUUACAAUUUAGAGAUAGGCCUCUCUCUCCUGCAACGCCUGGAAAUGUAACUCUGGUGUAUCGUGCAGAAACAAUUGCAACAGGCUUUAUGACAUAAGAGAAAGUGACCAGUGUAAGAAACCGGACCAGAGUGAUUAUAAGCUAAAAGACAAAAGGAGGUAGGACACAUAACGACUGUUAAUAAUCUGGACAGUGUCUCCGGAUGAAUAACCUGUGAAGCUAACUGGCUGUUUUGGGCGUGAGGGAAGACACACACAUCUGGAAUCCUGCUUACCUGCAGAGGACAGUUAAAUUACAUUUAGGCGUUUACUCCGGUGCUGCCGAUAGUUUGUGUGAGAAAGAGAGUAAGCGACAGCAGUGUAAAAACUACUCUCAAAUAAUGGUGUAAUUGGUUUGCUCCGCUGUCAACUUGUGUUUACGACACUGAUAAAAGUGCAAUUCUUACAUUGUGUUGCUUUUAGUCCCUGGUCUGGUACCCACCUAAACAAACAUUGCCUCCCAUCAGGCUUUACUUUCUGGCAGUUUACAUGUAGGUCUAUCUUUUUGUAAUCUUAAGAAAAGACUAUUAUUUUACAUCAGGUUGGCUCUUCAAAUGUUUUUGUGGUUGUGUAAGGCAGUGGAAUGGGUCCCUGCUUGAAUGUGGCACCUUCAGACUCUGGAUUGUGAAAGAUCCAUUCCACCAGUUUAAGAACAGUUUAUUCAGAUAUAUAAGAUACCACAUCUUGCAAGAGCCAUUCAAAAGCGAAAACAUAAAAAAAGACCGCCCACAGAGUUAACUGAUUAGACUUCUUUUAUCAUGAUGGAAGAAAUAAUAAGCUCAAAAAGAAAUGUAAGUGUUGCCGGACUGUUUGAAGCUACUGUACACUUACAGCUUUUUGAGAUUUACGUCCUGUCGUGUUUGAGGAGGUGUUGCACUGUAAAUCUCUUUGCAGCCACAGCUGCUUCUGGUUGUCUGCGGUUUAAAGAUGAUCCUGUUAUGCUAAAAGACGACUAGUAGUAACACGUUAUCUGCUCGAGGGAGACGAUUUGAGAGAGAGAGAGAGAGAGGAGAGGUUAUGCUCCUUCUCAGUAGUCAUCAAACGACUCAGCCAUAAAGUCACGUCAAGAAUGUGGCCUUUGUCAUCCGGAGAUUUUACAACAGAUAUUCACCACUUACUGGGCAGCGUAGGCUAGAAAACUGAAUUAUGCUUAAAGCAUUAGGUUCUGAAGGUUAUUCAUUAGCGCUAGUGGAUACUAAGUAUAAAUUGACAUCAGUCAAAUCAUGAUUCUCAGAGAGAAC